AUGCAUUUCUCGGCCAUUGUCUUCGCGGUCUUGUCCGUCAUGGCUCCCUUUAUCGACGCCGUCACUGUCAGCUAUCACACCGAAUUCAGCGACCCAAACUUCUCCCUCAAUGGUGUUGCCUGCUCUGAUGGCGCCAACGGCUUGGAGCGACACGACUUCAGGACGCUGGGCGACCUCCCCAGGUUCCCCAUGGUCGGGAGCGUCGCCGCCGUUGGCGGGUGGAACUCUCCGAACUGCGGCACUUGCUGGAAGCUUACAUAUGAGGGCAAGGAGGUCACGAUUCUGGCCAUCGACCACUGCGCCUCGGGCUUCGACCUCUCGGCGGAGGCCAUGGAUAUUCUGACGGAUGGCCGAGCCCACGAGCUUGGGCGUAUUGAUGCGGACGCUGUGCAGGUCAGCGCAAGUGAAUGUGGCAUGUGA